AUGAAGACAUUUACAGUACUCUUUGCUGUGCUCUUGGUGGCGCUGUUUAUUACAACUGAGGCUAAACCUUGGGGCAGACCAGGCCGAGGCAACAACAGACCCGGUCGACCAGGUCGUCGUGAUGACCGGCCCGAUCAAUGUAUCCGCCGAUGCCCCCGACCAAACCAAGACACUCUAGUCUGUGUGUUCGACGGAGUCCGCAACCGGACACUCCCGUCAGAGUGUAUCUUGGAGAGGAUCGAGUGCAUUAGCGGCCGCCGAAACAUGGAAAUCACCGAUGGUCCUUGCCCUGAUGAUGUGGCUCUCUAUAUGAACGGCAUGCUAUCAAUGGAAACUGAAAGCGAAGAAGAUAGUAGUGAGGAAAGCAGAGAAGACGGUUCCACACCAGGUCAACCAACAAGUGUUCCAGUUGAUCCCUCAACUGCAGCAGUUACGUCACGAACAACGACACCAACAACGGGAACUGCGUCACCAACUACGUUGCAAACAACAACGCCAACUACGGCGACAGCAACAGCAACGGCGCCAACAACAACAGCAACGGCGCCAACAACAACACCAAUAACAAUGCCAAUUGGCUCUGGGGCAACUGCACAAAGUGUACCAACACAACGUACACCCCCAUAA